CUCAGAACGCAGACGGAGGGUGGGGUCACGUGACAGAUUAGAUGCUUUCUGCUUGCAGCUGACAGCCCCGGAACGCAGAGUGGACGGGUCACAUCACGUGACGGGGAAAUGCUUGCUUCUCUCAGCUGAGAGCCUCAGGUGCUGCCCAAUGCUCGGACCGGAAGUCCUUUCAGCGGCAUGGAGAAGCCGAAGAAGCGAGUCGUUGUCACAGGGUUUGGUCCUUUUGGCGAGCAUGCUGUUAAUGCAAGUUGGGUGGCUGUACAGGAACUUGAGAAGAUUGGUUUAGGAGAUGAUGUUGAUUUGCAUGUGUAUGAAGUUCCAGUUGAAUAUCAGACUGUGCAAAGGUUAAUCCCAGAUUUAUGGAUGACCUACAACCCUGAGCUCAUUGUUCACGUCGGAGUUUCUGGUAUGGCUACAAUGGUGACACUAGAGAAAUGUGGUCACAACAAGGGAUACCAUGGCCUGGAUGUUCGCCAGUUUUGUCCAGCUACAGAGUGUUGUGUGGAUGGAGGCCCAGAAUGCUUACACUCUGUUAUAGACAUAGAUUCUGUUUGCAAGAAAGCAACAGAAGUCGGAAUGGAUGUCCAGUUUACAGUGUCUACUGAUGCGGGCAGAUACCUGUGUGACUUCACCUACUAUACCUCUCUGUACAAGAGUCGGGGCAAAUCUGUGUUCAUCCAUGUGCCUCCUCUAGAAAAGCCGUAUACAGCUUCACAACUGGGCCGUGCUUUACAGACCGUUUUAAAUAUUAUGCUGGAACAAUCAGAAGAAAUCGCUUGCCAUCAAAACCACUGACAAGAAAAGUUUGUAUGUGGAAAAUUUAGUUGACUUGCUAAAGAGGAAAAAAAACAUGAAAAUUAUGUACUUUUAUAACACUGAAAAUGUUUUGGUUUAAAGGAUUUGUGUCCUCUUUGCAAUAUUUUUAAAUCGUAUUUCCAACCACUGCCAAAAAGAACCAAUUACCUUGUGCUAUCUAAAGGGGAAGAUGCAAAUUAAGAGAAUUUUCAAUGCAAAUAUGGUGCAAUUUACUAAAUCGGGUGUUUUUCAUUAAACUACUUUUUGUACAGCUUUUUAACACCUAGAUAGAGGGGGGAAAAAAUACACAUCUGGGAAAAUUUUAGUAUAUGUGAGCUUUCAGUGCCUUGGGAUUUGAAACUAGACAAAAAAUGAUCACUUGACUAGUUCUGAAAUUCCUAAAGGCAGAUGAUCACCUUUUUUUUGGUGGGUGGGUGUGUCAUUGUCACUGUAACGUAAUUAGUGUUUUUUUUCUUUUUUUUUUCUUUUUCAUAUUCUAGAUAUAAUUUCCUGUUUAAUGCACAUAGAACAAAACAACAAAAGCCUUGCAGGUUAAAAAUUUUAAAGCCAAAAGGGAUCAUGACUUGCGCAUGUAAGAAUUUUGUAAAGAAUAUUGUUAUGGAAUAGUUUAUUGCUGUCAUUUCUUUUUUUUUAUUUUUUUUUUUUCAAAUAUCAAUUUUAUUGAAAGUUUUCAAAAGAGAAGGGGGGUUUACAAAAAAGUUACAGUACAACUGUGAUCAAAUUCGACAGGUCAACAGAUAUCGAGGUCCAUGAUAGAAGCCUCGCAUUCAGCCUCCUGAGAGGGCAACAUACCAUAUGUCAAACCAAAGAAAAGGACAUGGUAGUUCAUCAUAUAACUCAUACUGUUUGGCCCGGAAAAGCAAUUUUUACCACUUGUACAGAUAUACCCCAUAUUAUAAUCGUCGGUGGUCCCAGCCGGAUCACCGAUUACUUUGUGAUCAAAACAAAACUGGAGAGAGAGAUCGGCCUCAAAUCGACUGGCAGCAGUGACCCCAGUUGAAAGGAUAGGGGUGAAACAGACAGGAAGUUGGAAAGAGAGAAAUGGAAAAAAAGAGAAAAAGAAAGCAAGACAAACAAAAAGGGAGGGGGGGGGGGGGUUGGGCACUUGUUAAACACGAGCGUUAUUGCUGUCAUUUCUAGGCCCUUCUACCUGCCUCUGAUUACUAGAGGACUUGUAAAUGUUUUACGCAUAACUCUACUAGCACAAUGUAGUUUUGCUGCAUAAUGAUUUCUGACACAGUUAAUUUUUAUUUUUUCUGUGGGUAUGGAUGUUCCCUCUAGACUGUGCAGCCAGAAGGCCUUAACUGGUUGCAAAAUAGACUGAGGCUGGCAGUUUUCACACAGAUACUGGACUAAAAUCAUGGACACUAACUUGAAUAUAUUUUAAUAUGAUCAUCAAGUUCUAGGUUCAAUGGAUUUUUGUGGACUUUGGUUGUAAAAGUAACCUGGCAUUGUUCAGAAUGAUUCAUUGCCAAGACAUUACCAAAAUAAAAUGUAAGUGCCAUUUCUGCAAAUUUUAUUUUAAGUAUUAAAAUUCCAUAUCUGA